AUGAGAGUCCAACAACUGUGGCCACUACAACUGUGCACCAACUACUGCUGCCCCAAAAUCUUCAGCACCAACAACUGCUGCCCCAAGAACUAUAGCCCCUACAUCUGCUGCUCCAACAACUGCAGCAUCAACAACUGCGGCCCAAACAACUGCAGUACCAACAACUGCAGCACCAACAACUGCAGCACCAACUACUGCUGCACCAACAACUGCUGCACCCACAACUGCUGCACCAACUGCAGCCACUACAUCUUCAGCACCAACAACUGCUGCCCCAACAACUGCAGCCCCUACAUCUGCUGCCGCAACAACUGCUGCACCAACAACAGCUGUCCCAACAACUGCGGCCCUAACACCUUUGAGUCCAAGAACUGUGGCCAUUACAACUGUGGUACCAACAACUGCAGCACCAACUUCUGCUGCCCCAACAACUUCUGCACCAACAACUGCAGCCACUACAUCUGCAGCACCAACUGCAGCCACUACAUCUUCAGCACCAACAACUGCUGCCCCAACAACUGCAGCCCCUACAUCUGCUGCUCCAACAACUGCAGCAUCAACAACUGCGGUUCAAACAACUGCAGUACCAACAACUGCAGCACCAACAACUGCAGCACCAACUACUGCUGCACCAACAACUGCUGCACCAACUGCAGCCCCUACAUCUUCAGCACCAACAACUGCUGCCCCAACAACUGCAGCCCCUACAUCUGCUGCCGCAACAACUUCUGCACCAACAACAGCUGUCCCAACAACUGCGGCCCUAACAUCUUUGGCCACUACAACUGCAACACCAACAUCUGCUGCCCCAACAACUGCUGCUUCAACAACUGCAGUGCCAACAACUGCUUCCCCAACAACUGUGGUACCAACAACUGCAGCCCCUACAUCUGCAGCACCAACUGCAGCCACUACAUCUUCAGCACCAACAACUGCUGCCCCAACAACUGCAGCCCCUACAUCUGCUGCUCCAACAACUGCAGCAUCAACAACUGCGGCCCAAACAACGGCAGCACCAACAACUGCUAUCCCAACAACUGA